GGCUGUGCCGGUGCCGGCACUGGCGGCUCUCGGCCGGUCCCGCGGAGCCCCAGCGGGGCGGGUGCAGCUCCUGCUGGUGCAGGUGGCAGAGCCGUGCCUGCAGGGUCGGUGCCGGGGAAAUCCCUCUCUUAAGCCUCUUUCCUUCAAUCCCCUCCAGACCACGCUGCAGACGGACGAGGUGAAAAAUGUCCCGUGUGGCACCAGUGGGGGAGUGAUGAUUUAUUUCGACAGGAUCGAGGUGGUGAAUUUCCUCAUCCAGAGCGCGGUGUACGACAUCGUCAAGAACUACACGGCUGACUAUGACAAGGCUCUCAUCUUCAACAAGAUCCACCACGAGCUGAACCAGUUCUGCAGUGUGCACACGCUGCAGGAGGUUUACAUCGAGCUCUUUGAUCAAAUUGAUGAAAACCUGAAACUGGCCUUGCAGCAAGAUCUAACCACGAUGGCCCCUGGAUUAAUUAUACAGGCAGUUCGGGUGACAAAGCCAAACAUCCCAGAAACAAUCCGGAGGAAUUACGAGCUCAUGGAGAGUGAGAAGACAAAGCUGCUGAUUGCAGCACAGAAGCAGAAGGUGGUGGAGAAGGAGGCAGAGACAGAGAGGAAGAAAGCCCUGAUCGAGGCAGAAAAGAUUGCACAAGUUGCUGAAAUAACUUAUGGACAGAAAGUGAUGGAAAAGGAAACAGAGAAGCGAAUUUCAGAGAUUGAAGAUGCUGCAUUUCUUGCACGGGAGAAGGCAAGAGCUGAUGCUGAGUGCUACACUGCAAUGAAGGUGGCCGAGGCCAACAAGCUCAAGUUAACCCCCGAGUACCUGCAGCUGAUGAAGUACAAGGCCAUUGCAGCCAACAGCAAGAUCUACUUUGGCAAAGAUAUUCCCAACAUGUUCAUGGACUCUGCAGGGAGCCAGAGCAAAUCUGCAGAGGGACUGGCAGAAGGAAUCCAGGAGGAGGACGGGGCAGGAGCCAGCGAGGACACAAAACUACUUCAUAACAUCAACUGAAAAGAAAGAUUUCUAUUCAUUUUGUAUCAAAAAAUCAUGAACUGGGAAAUUCCUUUUCAUUUUCCCCCUUUCCUGUGCUGAAAGAGAUGAAUCAGAUUUAAUCCUUUCAAUCUUUUGUAUGACAAUUAGACACAAGGACUUUGGUAUUUAUGGGGUGGGUUUGCUGGUAAUUUCUAAGCUCCAGGUGUGUUCUGUAGCUGCACCUCCCCAGCUCUUGGUCACACAGACCAAGGAUUUGGGAGAGGCUGUCAGGGCUAUCAGCUGGGUGGGAACCUAAUUUGGAAUUGGGUUGGUUCAUAGUUGCAGGUAAAGAAAUGCUGAGAUUUUGGAGGGAGGGGAAUUGCUGCUACAACUUGUUUUGGGUUUUUUUCCUAUUGAAAAUUCCAAGUACUUUAUUUCAAUCCCCUCUGAAAAUAAGGUGCUAGAUUUUGUACACUACAGGUGGCUGCUGAGGUGAGCCCUGAGGGACAGAGCCUCAGCUGGAGUCCUGCAGGUUCCCACUCACAGGGAGAUCAAAGCCUUAGACCAGGUCACACAGGGAGUGACCCAAGCUCCUCAUUUUCUAUGUCCUAACUCUGCUUUAUUUUCCAUUUGUCAUAUUUUGUAGGGCACAGGAGAGUUUUCUCAGCAGUUCAGCUGCUGGGGGAGGGCGUGGGCAGCGUCCUGGAGUGCAGAGCUAGGUGGGAUUUUCAGUGAAAUGAUGGAAAUUGUCAUAGAAAACUAGGGAGGAAAGAAUUUUUGUCUCAGGGACCCUGACUUUACAAAAGGCCUUGCUGGGGAGGAGCUGCUGGAGUGACCAGACAGUUUUUCAGCUUGUCAUCUGCUCUGUGGGAGCAAUUCUGUCUAGUGUCUGACUAGAAAAAGGACCUUCAGGUGAGCUGAAGUCAGCAGAAUUCAGCUCCUGUGGGAUUGGGGCUGAAUGGAGCUGGUGGAAGGAGGAUUUCCUACUGGCCAAGGACAAACCAGGAUCCUGGAAGGUCAGGGGGCAGAGAAAAGCAGCUCUUCCUGAAUAGCCAAAGAUAGACUCCCCUUUUUCUCUCAGAUCAAUGUACCAGAAUGUACCUUCUCCUCCAGAGAGCUGAUCAGUUCCUCAGUUCCACAUGCAAGGAGGGAACAGGGCUUUGUUCUCCACACAUGCAAAAUUUGAGGAUAAAAGUUCAGGCCUAGAGAGAACAUUGUUUUUUUCCCCCUACUUAUUCCAUCUGCAUUUGGCAGCAAAGCCUGGUGAUUAAUUGCUGAUAUAAUUUGAGACCAGAAUCCUGUUCUGAGAUGAUGCCAGUGCUCGUUGGCAGAGUCCAGCCUGCUGCAUUCACAGGCUCAUGCCCAAAUUCUUGCUCCCAGCAGCCCUGGUCUCACCCUUCAGUGUUCAAACCAUCAACCUGUGUUACUCUGAGAGAGCUCAGAUGAAUCUCAGCUGCUGGCUCCAGGGUUUUUACAGCAGUUCUCUCUUCCCUGUUGAUGCUUGAAAAUGCAAAAUAGAAAUUAAGCAUCAGUUUCUGCUGGAGAAAAGUCCCAUCCUCUUUGUGUUUCUUGGAAAAUAGGAGCUAAGGGAAGUCCCAUCUCCAGGCCUACAUCAGACCCACAGUAGUCAACAGCAUGCCCAGGGAGGCUGUGGUAUUCCUGACUUAUAAAUAGGUCUGUGCAGGCAGAUUUGAACAGGGAGUAGCAGAAGUUUAGCUGUGAGGAUGAGCUCAUUUGAGAUUGUUCUACCUUCCUGCUCGAGGUUUCCAUCAGCAGCUAACACCUCAUUUUACACAAGUGUUUUUCACUAAUGACAGGACCCAAUUAAGCCAAAGUGGUAUUAUAAAGGCUUUUUUUAUGUGUGAUUUCACAGCAAGACAAUAGCUUGGAAUAAAGAGCUCUUAAUGAUUUUUUUUUUUAAUCAACACCCUGACUGUUAAA